UAUUGUGCAGUUCGAAACGAAAAUGAACCGGCUGUUCUGUACAACUCUGGUGAAAUACUCGCCCCGCAAUGUGGUUCUACCGAGCCGGGCCGUCCAGUGGCCUCGCACCCUGGCGACAACGGCCAGCAACCGGCAUGCAAAUACGGAAUCGACCACAACGGACGCCCAGCACUACGACAUCAUCAUCGUCGGCGGUGGGAUGGUCGGCACUGCACUAGCCUGUGCAUUGGGCAAAAACUCCCGGCUGCAGAACAAAAACAUCCUGCUGCUGGAGGCAGCGGCCGGGUUUAAGCAACCCUCCACCGAGCAGUACAGCAACCGGGUGUCGGCGAUCAGCAAGGGCACCUACCGGCUGAUGCGGACGAUCGGCGCGUGGGAGGAGAUCGAGCGCACCCGGGUCAAGCCGGUGCUGAAGAUGCAGGUGUGGGACGCCUGCUCGGACGCGCUGAUCACGUUCAACUAUGACGACUUUGCCGAAAACAUCUCCUGGAUCGUGGAGAACGAUGUGCUGCUGGCCAGCAUCUACCGCCAGCUGGAGGGCGUCCCGAACGUGCGCGUGCGCUACUCCUCGAAGCUUGCCAGCUGCGAGCUGAUACGGGACGGAGCGGACCGCAGCACCGUACGGCUGGCCGAUGGCGAGACGCUCAAAUGCGACCUGCUGGUCGGUGCUGACGGUUACAACUCCCUGGUGCGCCGGCAGAUGGGCGUCCAAAACUUUGCCCUCGCCUACAACCAGAUGGGUGUGGUGGCAACGCUUCGGCUGGCCAACGCGCCAAGCGACAACGUGACCGCCUGGCAGCGCUUCCUGCCGACCGGCCCGAUCGCACUACUCCCCCUAAGCGACGACACCAGCUCGCUCGUGUGGUCCACCGGUGUGGCGGAGGCGAAGCGACUGCUUCAGCUGGACGGCGACUCCUUCAUUGCGGCCGUCAAUGCCGCCUUCCACAAACCGAUGCCUCGGAACACGCUGGUCGACGAUGUGAUGAAGGGUGUCCACUCGCUGAUCAAACAAACGACCGGGCAGCGCCUGGAAGCGGCACCAGUUGUCGAGGCGGAAGUGGCCAGUUCGCGGGCCGCCUUCCCGCUCGGACUCGGCCACACGAGCACCUACGUUGGGCAGGGCGUCUGUCUGAUUGGUGACGCAGCGCACCGGGUCCAUCCGCUGGCCGGGCAGGGCGUUAAUCUGGGCUUCGGCGACGUGCAGACGCUGGUGGACGUGCUGGCCGACGCGAACUAUGCCGGGCUCGGCAUCAGCAACGUCAGCGAGCUGCUCAAGUACGAGCAGCAGCGGCUGAAGCACAACGUGCCCGUCCUGCUCACCACGCACAGCCUGCAGCGGCUUUACACCACCGACUUCGUACCGACCGUCGCCCUGCGCAGCAUCGGGCUAACACUGACCAAUGCAUUGCCACCGGUCAAGAAAUUCUUGAUGAACUACGCCAUGUCUUAGAAGCUGUGCUACUCUGGAAGCGACGGUACCAAAGAGGCAGUGGAGGAUUGUGUUGCUGUGUUUUUUUUCUCCUAUGUAUGCGUUCCACGUACGAUCGAAACAAAUCGAAAUUUAUAUUGUAGUACCGAUUAUGAACUGAAAUGAACAUGAGAGACGUUGAUAAGAGCGAUUAUUAGCGUUUGUAUUACUUUAUGUAGCUGAUAACGUUGCACCGCAGAGUUGUUUGGGUUGUGAAGGUUGUUUUACUUAACUAACCUCAUAGCGUAACUGAUAGAACGAAUCGUUUUUAUUCGUGCGGUUAUGCAUUAACAAGGUUUCAUAAAUAUAGUCAUACUUGUAAAUCAACUUA